AUGAACAGUAAAGGCGCUCAUGUAGGAUCUCUUGCCACACAAUUGCGCAAUGCCCUCAAUCUACUGCUCGGAAACGAUGCCUGCCGGGGGUUGAUCGUCCAGGAUGCACUUUUGAGCGAGGCAAAGCUCGAGAAAUCCCGAACAUUAAAGUGGACUAGAGGUUUGAUUCUACUGGGAUGUCCCUUCUUCAAGCAUGAAUCCGAAUGGACGAAAUUCGGAAAUGCCAUUGCGAAGCUGACGAAAGCCACUCAAGAACUCGACACUGUGAAGCUCAGCCAAUUUGGUCAAAUAAGCAGCCAUUUUGCGUCUUGGGCGAAAACACCAGCGGCAAAAGAACUCUCCGUUUGGUCGUUUUACGAGAGAUUGCCAAUGUAUCGCAUGGGAACAAUUGUACCCCAGGAAUCAGCAGUGAUCGAUAUUAAUCAAAGCUCACCCCUUCCUCUAGAUCAUCUCGGUCUCUCCAAAGUUGAUGGUCCAUGGGAUUCUCACUAUCAAUCUAUUUGUGCGAAGUUGAGGGAGAUGUCUGGCACGUCCAAUGAUUAUCCAGAAGUCCCGGGAAUAAAGCGUUCAGAAAGUCAAGACAGUCGAGAGAUUGUUCUUAAAGCCUUUGAUAGAAAGGAUGUUGUAGGAAGAAUUACCAGGCUAGCUUUAGCGCUCGAAGACGAAGGACAUCCGGUGCGUGCUGAAGAGGCAUACGAACAGGUCAUCGAAAAGAGAAAACAGAUUCAGAGACCUGGAGAUGAGGUUCAAUUAUUCUGUGAAGGAAGAGUUUCCUGCAUUCUACGAGGUCGAGGACUUUAUGCGCAGGCUGAAGAUCAAUGUAGGCGGGUCCUAGACCUGAAGGUUCAAUUUACGGGACCGACUUCAAUCCUGACGUUGCAGACUGCUGGUGACCUGGCUUUAAUCCUCAGAGAUCAAGGGAAUUUUGAGAAGGCCUACAACAAGAUUCGUGACACGUUGGAGAGCGAGGCAUGUAGCCCAUAUCAAGAUGCAUUGCAUGUUCGCCUGGUCACUAUCCUUGCCGCCAUUUUGAAGAAACUCGGCUAUUAUGACCUAUCCUUGUUCUUGACGAGAAAGGCUUUGAGUAUCUCUGUCAUGCGAAACGGUCUAGACGAUCCUUUCACGCUGGAAUUGAUUUCGGAAUUUUCACAAAUUCUCAUUGAAAAGGGUCAACAUCACUUCGCAGAAGAAGUUGCACGUCGUGCUCUCGACGGCUUCGCAAAAGCUUAUGGAGCAGAUCACCCACAAUCUAUGAAAGCGGCCACGCGCCUUGCCAACACUUCAAGAUUUCUGGGACAAUUCGAUAGUGCUAUUGAAAUGUUUGAGCGUACGCUAAAGGCGCAGGACCUGCACCUUGGUCCUGCUCAUCCUGAUACUGUUUCCACGAAAUGUGGUCUUGCGGCAACCUACGCUUUGGAAAUGCGCUUGCGUGACUCCGAAAUCAUGCUUCAACGGGUCAUAGAUCAACAAGAAACAAUCUAUGGCAAUGAUGAUCAUCCAGAUGAGAUUUGGACGAAGGAAGCGCUCAGACAUGUGCGUGAAGCUAAGCAAGACUUACACCAAGAUUCUUCUUGCGAGAUUGCUACGGAGGAGCCAGCUCGCAGAUUAGACAAUUUCUUCAGGAAACCCUUUCGGAAGAACCAAGGAGAGCUCCAGCUUUUUGAUGGCAGUGCUUUCUCGGUGGAGAAUACUAACACAGUACAUAGCCCUGACUACAAAUUACGCAUUGCAGCGAUGAACAAUGACCUUGUACAAUUUAGGCAGAUGUUCGACCUAAGCUCGAGAAAGACUGCUGUUGGUGGUAUCUGUGGAACUGCCUUGCACGCUGCAUGUUUUGUGGGAAAUGUGGUGAUGGUAGAGAUGUUGUUGGACUCGGGAGUCAAUUGCAAUGUGCAAGGUGGAAUCUUUGAGACACCGCUUCGCGCCGCAUCAUACAACGGGCACAUGCACGUUGUGAAAGUCUUACUCGCGCGUGGCGCUGAUGCAAGCGCCUGCGGAGAUUUUGGAGGCUCUCCACUUCAAAUUGCCUUGAGUAUGGGCCACAGGGAAUUAGUGCAGGCAUUACUUGAUGCUGGCGCCGAUCCGAACGUCACUGAUCACUGGUACGGAACAGCACUUCAUGAGGCAUCGAUAGCUGGCGAGGAAGACAUGGUCAGAAUUCUUCUAGAAGCUGAUGCAAAGCCUGCAAAAGUGACAGGGGUCUUUGGCACCGCACUUGGAGCUGCAGCGUGGAAUGGGAAUCUCAAUGUCGUACGAAUACUGAUACAAAAAGGUGCAAUGGUCGAUACUCAAUUCCAAGGGAGAAUCGCGCUCAACUUAGCAGCCGCGGCAGGUCAUAGAGAUGUCAUGACAGAGCUGCUGAAAGAGGCUAUCAGCCCUAAAGCUCCCUUCGAACCAAGGAACAACAGUAGAUCCAAAGGAAACUCGCACCCCCAGCUGGUCGUGAAAGACCAUCAACCGACACUUCCGAAUAAAGCUCCAUCUCCGCACAAGACUAAACCUACAGGUGGAAAACAAAGGAAAGGGCUCAGAAAACUUGUCAACAUAUUGAGGCCCCGGUCUAAGAAGAAAAAGACCACGUCGUGA